CCUCCUCCCCCUGCCGCCGCAGCACUCGGGCGGGCGGUGCGGCGCUCACCCCGGCAGUCCCGAGCCCAGGGAGGUGAGGGGCCUCCCGCGCUGCUGCCCCCGCCCCGCGCGCCCUGAGCUCCACUGCCCCGCGGCUCAGCCCUCCUGCCCCCCGGAGCUGUCCCGGACUCGCGGGGAAGCGAGCGGCAGGCGAGUCUCGGCGCGCGCGGGCGCCGGGCCACGGACUCCGUGCGCUCCGGGAGUGGUGGCCGCGGCUCCGGGCUCCGCGCCCUGCGCGCACUUCGGCGAUGGCUUCUCCGCUGCCGCGAUGGCUGCUGCUUCGCCUCCGGCGCCUCCUGUUCCUUCUUCCCGGAUUCCUGCUGCCUCUUUGCGGCGCCUUCAACCUAGACGUGGACAGUCCCGCCGAGUACUCCGGCCCCGAGGGAAGUUACUUCGGCUUCGCGGUGGAUUUCUUCGUGCCCAGCGCGUCUUCCAGGAUGUUUCUUCUGGUGGGAGCACCCAAAGCAAACACUACCCAGCCUGGGAUUGUGGAAGGAGGGCAAGUCCUUAAGUGUGAUUGGUCUUCCCACCGUGGGUGCCAGCCAAUUGAAUUUGAUGCAACAGGCAAUAGAAAUUAUGCCAAGGAUGAUCCAUUGGAGUUUAAGUCUCACCAGUGGUUUGGAGCAUCUGUGAGGUCUAAGCAGGAUAAAAUUUUGGCCUGUGCUCCCCUGUACCAUUGGAGGACUGAAAUGAAACAGGAGAGAGAGCCUGUUGGAACAUGCUUUCUUCAGGAUGGAACAAAGACUGUUGAGUAUGCUCCAUGCAGAUCAAAAAAUAUUGAUGCUGAUGGACAGGGAUUUUGUCAAGGAGGAUUCAGCAUUGAUUUUACUAAAGCUGACAGAGUACUUCUUGGUGGUCCUGGUAGCUUUUAUUGGCAAGGUCAGCUCAUUUCGGAUCAAGUGGCAGAAAUUGUAUCGAAAUAUGACCCCAAGGUUUACAGCAUCAAGUACAAUAACCAAUUAGCAACUCGGACUGCACAAGCUGUUUUUGAUGACAGUUAUUUGGGUUACUCGGUGGCUGUCGGAGAUUUCAAUGGUGAUGGCAUAGAUGACUUUGUUUCGGGAGUUCCAAGAGCAGCCAGGACUUUGGGAAUGGUUUAUAUUUAUGAUGGAAAAAACAUGUCCUCCUUAUACAAUUUUACUGGUGAGCAGAUGGCUGCAUAUUUUGGAUUUUCUGUCGCUGCCACUGACAUUAAUGGGGAUGAUUAUGCAGAUGUGUUUAUUGGAGCACCUCUCUUCAUGGAUCGUGGUUCUGACGGCAAACUCCAAGAGGUGGGGCAGGUCUCAGUGUCUCUGCAAAGAGCUUCGGGAGACUUCCAGACGACCAAACUGAAUGGGUUUGAGGUCUUUGCGAGGUUCGGCAGUGCCAUAGCACCGCUGGGAGAUCUGGACCAGGAUGGCUUCAACGAUAUUGCAAUUGCUGCUCCAUAUGGGGGUGACGAUAAAAAAGGAAUUGUGUAUAUUUUCAAUGGAAGAUCAACAGGCUUGACUGCGGUACCAUCUCAGAUCCUUGAAGGGAAGUGGUCUGCUCAGAGCAUGCCACCAAGCUUUGGCUAUUCAAUGAAAGGAGCCACAGAUAUAGACAAAAAUGGAUAUCCAGACUUAAUUGUAGGAGCCUUUGGUGUAGAUAGAGCUGUGUUAUACAGGGCCAGACCAGUUAUCACCGUAAAUGCUGGCCUUGAAGUAUACCCUAGCAUUUUAAAUCAAGACAAUAAAACCUGCCCACUGCCUGGGACAGAUCUUAAAGUUUCCUGUUUUAACGUCAGGUUCUGCUUAAAGGCAGAUGGCAAAGGAGCACUUCCCAGGAAACUUAACUUCCAGGUGGAGCUUCUUUUGGAUAAACUCAAGCAAAAAGGAGCAAUUCGACGAGCACUGUUUCUCCAUAACAGGUCCCCUGGUCACUCCAAGAAUAUGACCAUUUCAAGAGGGGGACAGAUGCAGUGUGAGGAACUGAUAGCAUAUCUGCGGGAUGAAUCUGAAUUUCGAGAUAAACUCACGCCGAUUACUAUUUUUAUGGAGUAUCGGUUGGAUUAUAGAACAGCUGCUGAUACAACAGGCUUGCAACCCAUCCUUAACCAGUUCACGCCUGCCAACGUUAGUCGACAGGCUCAUAUACUGCUUGACUGUGGUGAAGACAAUGUCUGUAAACCCAAACUGGAAGUUUCUGUAGAUAGAGAUCAGAAGAAGAUCUAUGUUGGGGAUGACAACCCUCUGACAUUGAUUGUUAAGGCUCAGAACCAAGGAGAAGGAGCCUAUGAAGCUGAGCUCAUUGUUUCCAUCCCCCCACAGGCUGAUUUCAUCGGGGUUGUCCGCAACAGUGAAGCCUUAGCAAGGCUUUCCUGUGCAUUUAAGACAGAAAACCAAACCCGCCAGGUGGUAUGUGACCUUGGAAACCCAAUGAAGGCUGGAACUCAACUCUUAGCUGGUCUCCGUUUCAGUGUGCACCAGCAAUCAGAGAUGGAUACUUCUGUGAAAUUUGAUUUACAAAUCCAGAGCUCCAAUCUUUUUGACAAAGUAAGCCCAGUUGUAUCUUACAGAGUUGACCUUGCUGUUUUAGCUGCUGUUGAGAUAAGAGGAGUCUCAAGUCCUGAUCAUAUCUUUCUUCCGAUUCCAAAUUGGGAGCACAAGGAGAACCCUGAGACAGAAGAAGACGUUGGGCCAGUUAUUCAGCACAUCUAUGAGCUGAGAAACAAUGGUCCAAGUUCAUUCAGCAAGGCAAUGCUGAAUCUUCAGUGGCCUUACAAAUACAACAAUAACACUUUGUUAUACAUCCUCCAAUAUGAUAUCGAUGGGCCAAUGAACUGCACUUCAGACAUGGAGAUCAACCCUUUGAGAAUUAAGGUCUCAAAUUCACAAACAACUGAAAAGAAUGACACAGUUGCUGGGCAAGGGGACCGGAACCAUCUCGUCACUAAGCGGGAUCUCACCCAGAGUGAAGGAGACAUUCACACUUUGGGUUGUGGAAUUGCUGAAUGCUUGAAGAUUGUCUGCCAGGUUGGGCGACUAGACAGAGGAAAGAGUGCAAUCUUGUAUGUAAAGUCUCUGCUGUGGACCGAGACCUUUAUGAAUAAGGAAAACCAGAAUCAUUCAUAUUCUUUGAAGUCGUCUGCUUCAUUUAAUGUCAUCGAGUUUCCUUAUAAGAACCUUCCAAUUGAGGAUAUCUUCAACUCUACAUUAGUUACCACUAAUGUCACCUGGGGCAUUCAGCCAGCACCCAUGCCUGUGCCUGUGUGGGUGAUCAUUUUAGCAGUUCUGGCAGGAUUGUUGUUACUGGCUGUUUUGGUGUUUGUGAUGUACAGGAUGGGCUUUUUUAAACGUGUUCGGCCACCUCAAGAAGAACAAGAAAGGGAACAGCUUCAACCUCAUGAAAAUGGUGAAGGAAAUUCAGAAACUUAACUGUGAUUUUUUUUGUUUUUUUAAGUUAUGCUAUAUCCUGACCCAUUAGAAUUACCAAGGUCAUUAUAGAUUUCAGUUCCUUUCAUGAGGAAUCCAAUUCCAAGACUUUACUGCUGAUGGUGCCCAUUGGUAUUAACCACAAAAUGAGAGCAAUAUUUGUCAACAAUUUCAUUAUAAAUAAGUUCAGACAUACAUUUAAUACACGUUCACUGACGUGUGUUUUUAGGUAUUUAAAUAAUGAAAAUUUCAAGUGUUCUUCAGUGUACAUAAGACAGGUAGUGCUUGAGUUACCACUUUAUGUAAAAUAGUACCUCCUACAAUUACUAUUUCUGGUUUGAAUGUUGGAUUUUGUUAUUUGUGGUUGUUAUUAUUCUAAAGCAAUCCAAUUCUGGACCUUAGCAUCCACUUCUUUUGUACAGGUACUUAAUACUAAUACACAUUACACACUACAAUUGAGUUUUCAAGCUACUAAAGACUUUAUAACUGCAUGAACUUAGAUUUUAAUACUACUUUCUGGUAAACUUAAAAAACAAACAAACAAACAAACAAAAAACAACUUGACCCCAUCAAAAUUCUCUCUAUAAUAGCAUAGGUACAGUAUUUUGUUUUAAUAUGAAAAUUGGUUACAUGUGAUUAAAUUUCUUUUACAUGUAAUCUAUAAUCCAUUUUGUUACAUUUCAAUUUGUGUCAGUUGUAUUUCAAAUCCUUUAAGCCAACCUAUACUAAACAUUAGUUUUAUAAUCAAGAGUGCCUUUUUUGUGUAAUAGCUUUAUUUCAGCUAACCAUCAUUAUGUCUAAAGCCAGAUAGAGUUGGAAAUCAUUUCCAAAGUACAUUUAUCCUAUGGUAUUCAUCUGGCCAUUUACAAUACAAAAAAAAAAAAAAAAAAGCAUUUAAAUUUAAAAACCAUGUUGGUAGUUCUUUGAUGGAGUUGCUUAGUAAUAGUAUGUUCUUAAAUUAGAGCAAGAGUGUUUAGUUGGGAUUAAUUUAUUUUCCUCCUAUAUAUGUAUUUUUUCUUAUAUUUCCAAAACUGUUACUGAGAACAGGUCAAGAUCAGUGAGGGAUCUUUAAAACUUAUAGCAACCUGCACCCAACCCCUCAGCCCCAUGGGAAAUGCUUGGAAUUAAAAUCCUUAAAGUAGCUCACUGGUUUACUUCUCGCAAUAACCUGAUGCUACUCACAUGGAUAUUACCUCAUUUUGAGCAAGGUGUAAUGUGUAAAACCAGUCUCAGCGAUCAAAAUGAUUUCUAAAAGGUACUUUUAUAAUCAAUUCAAGUUACUGGAAACCUUUCAAAACUUUCUUGGGUUUAUUAUAAAUUUUCUACAAUUUUUUAAAUAAAAGCUGCACCGGUGGCAAGUUGUAGUUUUAUAUGUCUGUAGGGUGAUAAAUCACAUAUUCCUCUAGAAAAUUUAUUCACAGUUCCUCAAAACCUGGGGAUGACUUAAUUAUACCUAUUUUUGUGCAAUUACAUCAUGUUAUGCGUUAGAAUUUGAGGGUUUAAUAGCUUUUUAACUACUGUCUUCAUUAGACAGUGAUGAGUAGUUCCCUUAAAUAAUUGAAUAUUUUUUUACAUUUUAAAAAUAAUUGAAAUUUAUCUUGCCAUGUCUUGUGUUAUAAUUCCCUACACAAGGGGCUAUAGUCAUAAAAUAAAGGCACAUGUAGGUGAGUUAUACAAGUUAGAACAUUGACAAGAAUCUAUAUUUAACUUUAGUGAAUUUCAAAAUUAAUAGAUUUUGUAAUAUAGAUUUUAUUAGUAGCUUAAGAGAUCUUAGUCAUACACAAUAAGUAUUUUUAUUACCAAUAAAUUUUUUUUAAGAAAAAAGUAUUUUUAUCCUAGGGCCUGCCACCAGACAGUCAUUAAGUUGUUCCAUAACAACUUUCACCCUACCUGUUUUCCCACCUAAUAGCAAUCAUUCCUGAAAAUAUAUAUUGGAUAGAAAUUCACUCUUUGGGAAAAAAAGUUUGUAUUUGCUUUUGCACAAUCUAUUCUUUCUAUGGCCUCUAUAAUCUUGUAUAGGAGAUUGAAAGAUGUUAUUGGCAAUUAACAUGCUGUUUUAAGUUGCCUUUAUGAAAUGUAAUCUUAGGCAAUAGUAUUUUCUUUGAAAAAAAUGAAACCUCUAAAAAAUAUGGUAGCAGUAUAAUUUAAGCCUACAUUUUGACAAAAAUGUUUGGGAAAAUGUUGGGAUUCUUUUUCCCCUAAAGUAGCAUGUGAAUAUAUUUGGUUAAAAUGUCAAAAAAAUAAUCCUAUGAAAACUAUUUUAAUUUUCAAAUAUUUUAAAUACUACUGUGUGAUUUAUUGAGAAUUAAAAUCCAUUUUGAGCAUAAAAUUCUUAUAAUCUGAUUCAGUUUAAAUACACAUGAGUGAGGUAGAGAAUAUUUAAAGCAUUUGAUAUUGGUAAGAAAUAUUGAUAUGAUUGUUGAUUUCUUAUAUAGGCAUUUAUUUCAGAAUUGAUAUUUUGAAAAACAUUUAUGUGAGAGAUAUUCUUUUCUUCCCUUUACCUUUCUCUUGUGAUUAUUAUUAUAAUUCUGAUUAAGUUCUUAAUAAUUUUGAAGUAUAAAGCAAUUAAUCAAAAUAUUAGUGCCACAAUUCUACCUGUGUAAUGAAACUACUUAUUCAUAGUAAAUUCUUAUUAAUACUUUAUAUUUAUAUAAAGAGGAAAUUUAAAUGUUAGUAAAAGAGACUAUACUGGCUUCUUUAAGAGGGCUGUGAAAGAUUACUAGUGAACCAUGACCCUAAGAAAGAGGUUUAUGUGGCAAAAUUAUAGUAUAUAAGAGAUCCACUUGUUUUUAUAAGGCAAACAGAAUUUGAAAGUUGAUAGAUGUCCCCAUGUUGUGGAAUGUAGUGCCGAGUGUGGUGAAGAAUAAGUCAUUCUUGGAAUACCUGUGCGUGACCUUGCCUAUCUCAGUGUCACCUUGUUUGUACUCUUGGAUAGCUUGUAUAUGUGCUAGUUUGAUAAAUAAGAAAAAAUAUAUAUAAAGUUUGAAAAUUGAAUAUAGGAUCAAAAACGAUGAAUGAAAUGACAUAACACUCAGUAUUUUGGAGAGUAUCCCUUUUAACUUGUUGGUAGUUAGUUUGAAUCAUGAACCUAACGACGUGCAGCAUGCAUAUAUGCUUGUAUUUCAUUGUAAUUUCUGAUACGUAAUGAAUUUCUUGGGAGAGGUACUGAAUCUUUAAUUUUUGUUGUCAUUGUUCUCAAGUGCAAUAUAACCAAAUACAGAUAAUUUCAAAGUCAUUAAUUUAGUAAAACUAAUCUAGAUGGAGAUUUAGUAAUAUUUUUGUUAGCAGGAGGAGUGAUUCUGCUGUGGAAAUAUAAAUGAAGUUAUUUACCCCUAAAAGGUCCAUUCUGCAUUUUAUUUCAGGCUGGACAUGAACUAUUCCCUAUUAGUUCUGAAACUCUGAAAUCUCUUAAAGUAAGUUGGACCUGUGUAUAUCAAAUUAGUUUGCUACCUAAGUAACAUAGAAAGUAAUUUUCUUUAUUUAGCUUCUCUUAUGAUCACCCACAUUGGGUGAGACAUAAAAUGAGUGUGUUCUAAAAUUUGUCAUUUGCUAACUUGAUUUGAAUUUGUGAAAACUGGUACAGUGUUCUCUUUAGUUUCCAAUGUGUAACUUGUGACUGUACAAUAAACGAGUAUU